GGAAAACAUAUACUGAUUGACCAAAAUGGCACCUGAACCUCUGUGGUCCAACAAGAAACUGUCCACAGCAGCUUUUCUUCAGAACCUUCAAAGCCAAACUGAGCAAACCACAUUUCUACCUUCAUACCAGAGCAAAGCGUUUGCUUGAAUUCCUCAAAUGACAACAAAAUGCCUCCAUCAGACGACAUUCAAUACACUAAACUGCGAUGGUUGUUAACCAUUGCCGGACUGUUCUUGUAUGUGGUGGACAUUUGGACAGACGUGGGACUGGCAGUCAAAUAUUUCAGAGAGAAUAAUUAUGUGUGGACCGGACUGACUCUGGUGUUCGUUCUGGUUGGACUGCUGGUGACGCAGAUAUUCAGCUAUACCUGGUACAGGGACGACAUGAAGGAGAUUCCGGUGAACACUUGGGGAAAACCAACCACAUCAGGCUUGUCCAAAGCUGGACUUGCUGUCCUGCACCUAUUCGGCAUGGGCAUCUUCACCAGGUAUUAUCAGCUGCUGAAAAAGGGCUUCAAAGGUGUUUGGACAACGCCACAUUCCUAUACAGUGGAUGAGAGGAGAGAUGAGCACCAACAUUUGUUUUGCAUGGCUACAGAUCUGAGCAUGCUCAAACUGUUUGAGAGUUUCCUGGAGAGCGUCCCCCAACUCCUUCUGCAGCUCUACAUAGUGCUGAGCCGCGAGGAGGGCUCAGUCUUGCAGUAUGUCUCUAUGGCGUUCUCCUUCCUUAACAUUGCCUGGACCCUGGUUGACUAUCGCCGCUGCCUGCGCAGAUCCCUCCCCCAAAUCAGAGAGAUGCCCUCUGGCCUCCCAACAGCCAUCUACCUCCUCUACAAACUCUGCACCAUCACCAGCCACAUCCUAAGCUACACCCUCCUCCUCAUACUGAGCCCCUACAGCACAGUAGCCUUCACCGUCCUCUGGCUGCUGGCGACAACCUGGACACAUGUGCUUCAGACCAAUUUCUGCUCCUCCGGAAAGCUUGAGCUUCUGUACCGAGCGGUCAUCGGAGUCAUCCUCAUUUUCACCUUUUUCAACGUCAAAGGACAGGACACCAAGGUUGCCAUGAUCAUCUACUACUUGCUUUAUGCUGUUGUAAACACUACGGCUCCUUUAUUGCUGGUUUUGUUGAAGCCGGAGUUGCAGACGGCCACGUUUUUGUUGACAGUCAGCGGUUUAAUCUUUGGAGGUUCGGUGCUGGGGCUGGUGUGCCUCGUGCUGUACUACCUCCUCCUGCAUCCAAGAGAGAAGUGGCGAGAGGCAGACGAGGUGGACGGCCAGGGGAUGGAAACACAGGCCACAAAGAGAAGACAAAACUUUUUACAGCCUGGAUAAUCUA